UUAAACAGCCUCACCUGCAGCCCCCCUGUUGAGCAACAUGGCAAUGUAUGGCGAGGAGCCAGUCGACAGCUACUUCUACUCCUCCUCCUACGGGCCGUUCCCGGGCAGGUUCCCCCGGCACAAGGACCCUGGCUGGAGGUACAAAGGUUACCUGUCCCACUGUGGGGAGGCCUCCGACGCCUUCAACAACCAGCAGAGGGCACAGCUCAAGUCCAUCUUGUCCCAGAUCAACCCGAAGCUCACCCCCAGGCUCCGCAAGGCCAACACCAAGGAUGUGUCUGUGCAGGUCAACCCCAGGAAGGACGCCUCUGUGCAGUGUGCCAUCGGGCCCAGGACCCUGCUGGCCUGGAAGAGGGACUCCAGACGCAGAGGAAGACAGGAGCCCGACGCAAUGGGCAUCUCCAAAACACCUGGAGGGGUCAGGUACCCUCGCACCCUGGCUGUGUAUUCACCCAUCGCCUACAGGAGUGUCACCUCCUUCCUGGUGGAUGAGAACAACAAUAAUAGCAACACCAGCAGCAGCAAGGAGGCCUGUGGAGGUGAUGGGGACACCGGGAGGCCGCCAGGUGACCCGCCGGACUUUACGCACAGACGCACAGGUGAGGGUGGAGGUGGAGGUGGAGGUGGAGAUGGAGGUGGAGAUGGAGAGAAGAAGCUCCAGGAGAAGGGAGACAGAGGCCGGAGCAGCCCGCAGGAGAGCACGCUGCUCACCGCAGAGGGGUCAAAGGGCAGGGCGAGGGUGAGGUUCCAGUUUCUGGAACAGAAGUACGGAUACUAUCACUGCAGAGAAUGCAAUCUACGAUGGGAGAGUGCUUACGUCUGGUGCGUUCAAGGCACCAACAAGGUUUACUUCAAACAGUACUGUAGGAAAUGCCAAAAGGACUUCAACCCGUACCGCGUGGAGGACAUCACUUGUCACACCUGCAACAAAGCUCGUUGCUGCUGUGCGCUGACUCAACGCCACGUCGACCCCAAACGGCCGCACAGACAGGACCUGUGUGGCCGAUGCAAAGGGAAGCGGCUGUCCUGUGAAAGCACCUUCAGCUUCAAAUACAUCAUCUAGCAGACAUGUGUCUCUCUGGAGCUGAACUUUCCAAGACAAACCUCUGACUUUUGUUUAAAAAAAAAAACGUAUUUGAUGGUUCAAAAACUUUAUUUCAUUCCUGUUUUGUGUUGAUGAACUUAAGCACCACGCAGUUUUGCAAUGUAAUAAAUGGCUACUUGCACUCGGUGCUGAAGAUUUAUUUUCAGAAGUGGAACGUGACAGAAGGCAACUAUAAUAUAAAUGCAUUAAGUUACAUUAAACUGAGCAAAGAACUCCUGCAGUUGAGGAUUAAUGGAUGAAGAGGUUUUGGCGCUCUGAGGCUGAAAGUGAGAAUUGGUGUUGCACCUGUAACUCUGAUCAUCAUGUGGUGGGUUUAGGGGAUAUGAAACAUGUUAUGGACCCAAUAGAGGCAUCGACACUAGAAAUAUGAAAUGUGUUAGAAGAGAAUUACAAAUCAAGGAGUAGGGGUAUUUACACAAAUGCAUAACGGUAAUGUGUAGGGUUUAAGAAAAUGGUGAAAUUAUGAGCUUUUGUGAUUUAAAGACAAAGUACGGUCUUGAAAACAAACUUCUUUUUUAUAUACAUACACAGUUAAGAGACAAGUUUGGAACAAGACCAAACUUCAAAUAGUGUGAUUGUAGAUGCAUACAAACAGAAGAGGUCUUAGAUCAUCUCAGCUUUAUACCAAGCUCUGGGGGGGAAACAAUGCUCAACAUUAAAGAAAAUGGGAAGCAGUUAAUUGUUUCAAAUGUGAGAAUGUAAAUCCACAAACUCCAGUAUUGAGGAUAUUUAGCUUUUUCAUUAAACCCAAAAUAAGUAACUUGCUGAACAUCUUUGUACAAAGAUAAGGUGUUAUUGGAAAAAAGUUGAUGCCAUUAAUCAUAUUUUGGGAUGCGAGAUCUUGAACAUCUGCCCUGUGAUGCAUCCUAAUUAAGUGGUGUUUCAUUACAGAUGUUGAGUCUUGUAUUUCUGCUAGUUUCCACUCAAACCUUCCACAAGAUGAGCACAUUUUAAUACACAAAAGCUUGAAGUGUAUGAUUAGUUUUUUAUUUAUCCAGAGAGAAGGCUGGUAUGUGAGUGAAAGAAACAAAAAAAAAAGUAUAAUGCACCUCUACAUUAAAACAUCUUCCAGGUAAAUAAUAUAUUCAUUAAAUAAUUAAGAACAGCAUUCAAAUGUACCAGACAAGCAGGGAAAAAAAAAACAGCUGAGGAAUGAGUACAGUGA